AUGAUUAGAUUGUUUAACAACGAACCAUUACUUUUUAAACCGGGAACCGAAUGGCAAUACUCUAAUUAUGGUAUUCAAGUGGUCGGUGCUAUCAUAGAGUCGAUAUUAAACAGUAAUUUUGUUGACGAAAUGCCUAAAUUGUUUGCUAAAAUUGGUAUGAAUUCAACUGUUAUGGAAAAACAUGAAAAUCUAGUCAAACAUAGACCCAGAUAUUACUCGGCAUCACCUGAUAAGCCAACUGUACUGCAAAAUAGCGAUCUGAUAGACGAUAUGUUUAACUACGAGGGCUGGUGGCCGGCCGGUGGUAUACUAUCAACUGUUACCGAUAUGUUAAGGUUUGGCAACUCAAUGAUUGAUGCCUAUCACGGAACUGAUGAAUUAAUAGUUAGUGAAUCGACAAUCAAAGAGUUAUGGAAACCCGAAACUGUUGGCAAAAUUAAACCGGAAUUACGUGGAGAUUAUGCAAAACAAUGA